CACCGCGCUCAACCAUAACCAGCAACAGCAACUAUAAAGCAAGUAGCAAUAGCAAAUAGCAAUCUCAACUCAACUUCAUAACAUUAUCAAAAAAGUUUCCUGUAAACUUUUGUUAGCCUUGAAAGUGAAGUUGUAUGUAAAAACUAAACUGUAUAAAAUGUGAUAUUAGAUAUAAGCAUAGUAAACUUAAUAAGCAAUAGUGCGUUUUGUGGGCUAAAUACAGUUUAAAUAGUGCUGUAAAAUGUCUUCGAACAGUGGAAGUAGUUCAUCCCAGAGCCCGCCGGCCAUGGCUUCCAUAAGCGACGUCGGUGCAUUAUUCCAAACGGCGAAAAAGUACGAGGAACUCAACGUCAUUGGAACAGGCGCAUACGGCACAGUAUACAAAGCCAGAGACCUACACAACAAUGGGCAGAUUGUAGCCAUGAAGAAGGUCAAAGUGGCUCUCACUGAAGAUGGGAUCCCACUGUCAACCGUCAGAGAAAUAGCAUUGCUGAGGCAGCUUGAGGCAUACAGACAUCCUAACAUUGUUAGACUCCUGGAUGUCUGUCACGGAGGGCAGUCAAUGGAAAGGGAUCACCAGCUGGUGCUGUUCCUAGUGUUUGAGCAUGUUGAGCAAGACUUAGAUUCAUACUUGAAAAGAGCUCCCGGACCACUGUCAGAGAACAGAAUCAGGAGUAUGUCGUACGAUAUUCUGUCGGGCGUAGACUUCCUGCACUCCCACCGCAUAGUGCACCGCGACCUCAAGCCGCACAACCUGCUGGUGACCUCCACCGGGCGCGUCAAGUUAGCUGACUUCGGUCUCGCCAAGACUUAUGACACGGAGAUGAAGCUCACCAGCGUGGUGGUCACUCUAUGGUACCGUCCGCCCGAGGUGCUGUUGGGCGUGUCGUACAACACGGCGGUGGACGUGUGGUCGUGUGCGUGCGUGUUAGCGCAGCUGCACACGCGCGCGCCGCUGCUGCAGGCCGACUGCGACUCGCAGCAACUUCACGCCAUAUUCAGACUGAUAGGCCGUCCGCCGCGACACGAGUGGCCCGACAACGUGGCCAUCGUGGCGGACAGUUUCCCGGACUACCCGCCGCAGGACCUGGCGCACGUGCUGCCCCGGAUACAUCCGCACGCCUUGGACAUGAUCAGGGGUAUGCUUGUGUUCGACCCGGCCAAACGUCUCACAGCGCUGGACUGUCUCGAGCACCCUUACUUCACUGAAGAGCCUCUCAAAUAAUAUAUCCGUAUAAUGCACUUAUACUUCGAAAGCUAUUAUACUCUAUACUAUGACACAUGUAUAGUAUGCUCCAAACUUAGAGACCACUUGCGUACCGUGCCUUAGAAGGGCCCGUCAAAAUUAGUCGUUAUCAACCCAUAUUCGGCUCACUACUGAGCUCGAGUCUCCUCUCAGGAUUAGGAUUAGGCCAAUAGUCCACCAUGCUGGCCCAAUGCGGAUUUGCAGACUUCACACACGCAGAGAAUUAAGAAAAUUAUCUGGUAUGCAGGUUUUUCCUUCACCGUUUGUGACACGUGAUAUUAAUUUCUUAAAAUGCAGGCAACUGAAAUGUUGAAGGUGCAUUGCCCCGGACCGGAUUCGAACCCACACCCUCCGGAUUCGGAGGCAGAGGUCAUAUCCACUAGGAUAUCACGUCUCUUAUGUAUCAGUAAAGAAACGGGACAAGGCAAUCUAUUUGUCUAUUACAUUCUCUGUCUACGGGAGGAUAGAUGAAAGUACCACAAACAAUGUAGAGUGGUCGCUAAAAAAUCAGUCAAAUUAAAUACAGUACUUCUUAGUUUUCUAUUUUAAGGCAUGAAACUAAAAACUCGCCUUUUAAAAAGAAAAAAAACCAAUAUUUUUUGCAUUUUUUCACUUCAUAAAAAACUAUUUUGUUUUUGUAAACUUUUUUUGCACCAAAAAUAUAUAAAUCAUAAUGAUUUUUUAUUUUGUUUUUUUACUGGCAACAUUUUUGUUUUAAUUUAAGUUAGGUGUAUUGUAUUUUUACCUAGGUUUUAUAUGCAAUUUUGCCCACCUUUGAUAUAAAAAAUAGAUUUAAAAAACUACUUUUUAAGGAAGGGGUAUUCACAUAAUUGUUAAUUAAAAAUAAAAUAAGUAAUUAAGUAUUACAUUAUUAUUAGUAACAUUUGAUUAAUAGUGUUUUUUUUAUUUUGUGAACAUUUUUAAAAUUAAAAUUAAAAUUAAAAAAAAAAAACAUGAAGUUCAUCUCUGGCAACAAAAUCAAUAUACUCCGCGCCACGAAAGAAGUCCAGACGCGGCGUUAUCAUUUGUGUAAGACGCUGUCAAUUUUAGUUCAGGUUUUAGCCGCGGGACUUCUUUCGUGGCGCGGAGUCUAUUGAUAAUAAUUAGGUUAUUGUAUCUUGUGUGAAUACCCCUUAUUUUUGUAUUUCUACGCAAAAUGUGUUCCUUGUUAAGUGAUAUGGUAAUAAUAAACUAGCUAGUAUUAUUAAAUAGUUUAGAAUAAAAUCUAUUUUUGUAAUUUUUCGUUUACCGAAAAUAAAAUACGUAACAUAUUUUUCAGAA